AUGCAGGGCUCGACCUCUGCAUCCGAGGCUGUAUUCAAUAUCUGCGCACUCGGAGCUACUGAUCGUCCCGCCGGGUUAGCUGUUGACCGUUUGGGUCCACACGUCGCCAUCUCGCCCCGACGCCGCUAUAGUCUUGAGCCAAGCGGAUCGGCUUGCGUGCAGACCCGGCCGUUCAUUACUUGGCCAUGCAAUGCUGCCGUCUGGCUCUCAGGAAUAUGA